GCAGCGGCGGCAUGGAGCAGGCACGGAGAAUCUUCGAGGGACCCAAGGUGGAGCUUCACGUCCACCUGGAUGGAGCCAUCAGACCAGAGACCAUCCUGUACUUUGGCAAGAAAAGAGGCAUCCCUCUCCCUGGGAACACUGUUGAGGAGCUCAUGAAGCAUGUCAGCUGUGACACACCACUGACACUUGCCCUGUUUCUAGAGAAAUUUAAUUACUACAUGCCUGCCAUUGCGGGUGACCGUGAGGCAGUGAGGAGAAUUGCCUACGAGUUUGUGGAGACCAAAGCCAAGGAAGGAGUUGCCUAUGUGGAGGUUCGGUACAGCCCUCACUUCCUGGCCAACUCUGGUGUGGAUCCCAUCCCCUGGGGACAAGCUGAGGGGGACCUCACUCCAGAUGAAGUGGUUCAGCUCGUUAAUCAGGGACUGAAGGAUGGAGAGAGGGAUUUCCACAUCAAAGCCAGGUCUAUUCUAUGCUGCAUGAGCCAUAUGCCAAGCUGGUCUCCAGAGGUGGUGGAGCUCUGCAAGAAGUACCAGAAUGACUCUGUAGUGGGUGUUGACCUGGCUGGAGAUGGGACUCUGACGGUGGAGGAUUAUGCUGAGCAUAAGAAGGCUUAUGAGGAAGCUGAGAGGUGUGGGAUCCAUCGCACCGUCCAUGCUGGGGAGGCUGGCCCGGCUGCCAUGGUCAAGGAGGCAGUUUAUGUCCUGAAGACCGAGCGUGUUGGCCAUGGGUACCACGUCCUGGAGGACCCUGAGCUCUACAAGCAGCUGCUGAAAACAAAGAUGCAUUUUGAGGUCUGUCCUUGGUCCAGUUAUCUCACUGGGGCAUGUCCUCCGGACUUCACCAAACACCCUGUAAUACAAUUUAAGAAGGAUCGUGCCAACUAUUCUCUAAACACAGAUGACCCCCUGAUCUUCAACUCCACCCUUGACAAGGACUAUGGCAUUGUGAAGAAACACAUGGGAUUCACUGAAGAGGAGUUCAAGAGAGUUAACAUCAAUGCAGCCCAGUCCAGCUUCUUACCCGAGAAGGAAAAGCAGGAGCUGCUCAGCAAGCUGUAUGAAGCCUAUGGGAUGGUGCCCAAUGCAUCCUGACCUGUCCCUGGAGCCAGCCUGGAGUGGGGCCCCUCUGCACAAGAGCCUGGCUCUCCUGUGUGCCAGUGGGAGCACUGGCAGGGGGUGCCCAGAGCCAGCCUCUGUUGCUGGCAGCCCUGUGCUGACCCUCACAGUGCCCAUCAGAAUCAGACCAUCAAUCACACACACCUACCUGUAGCCCACAGUGUCUCCUGAAUGGAUCUCCAGCUUCCUGUCCUGCUGCUGUGCGAGCAGACUGGUUCUGCCUGCUGGCCUGCCUCCCUUCUCCAUCUGCUGGGCUUUCUGUGCUGCAAAUGCAAACAGAACAAACUCCCUUAGGGGUUUUUUCCUUCCCUCUUUCCCUGUUUUACCUGUCCUGUCCCACUGACCUGCCUGGCCCUUGCCUCAGUGCUGAAAUAUCCACUUUGAGCUCUGGCUGUGGCCUGGCUUAAUUCACCUUUCCAGGGCAGAGGCGUGCUAGUGCUGGCAGCCCUUUCAGACACAGAGGCUUUAUUCUUGUCCCUGUGUGUGGGAGGGCCUGGUCUCAGCUCUAUUUACCCAGGGUUAGUCUUGUACUAACAAGACUGGAACAAGAACAAGCCGCAAGCUGCCGCCCCUGCCAGUGCACAAGUCCAAA